GCGCAUCAAAACGCAGACAACAUCGCAGAGCGCGGAGAUUUUCAUUCCGCUCCGAGAGGACACUGUCUUCUUUCUUCCCUUCAGAGCGAUGUGAGUGGAUGUUUAUUUAAACGCGUAUCAGAGCAGAAAUGCCUGACUCCCCUGAAAGUUUAUUCAUGCUUUCGCGUCUUCUCAAACUUAAAAUAGCCCACAUUUGGAGCUGAUCGAUGCUGGGAGCCAGUGGAGUUGCGUGCUCGCAGUAGUGUGGUGAGAGCGGUGGCUCGCUCGGGUUUCACGCGCAAGGGGAAAAGAGUGAUCCACCGGCAAUACCGGGGAUCCAAGAGGGGAGAUUACAAACGGUAAUGGAAUUAUGUUGAAGUGAAAAACUACAAUGCCUUGAUCAUCGACUGCAUCUCCUGGACGUGGAAACCCUUCGAAAACGCCUGAUCCAAGAGAGAUGGCCUUGCACUCCGUUGUAAAGCUGUGUCCCUACCACAUCUUAGCAAUUAACAGGAGGUUGUGACAGGGAAGAUGUGUUCGGAGCCCCAGGCACUGCAGAGGUGUGAAAAUGGAGUCCUGACCUCAGGUGGUUCUUCCACCUCAUAAUCCUUACCCUAUUCACUGUCGGCUGUUUCUGUUGGUGUGGGAGUGAGAGGCGUGGAGGCUGUGAUUAGCGGGCUGAGCCCAUGAGUGAACCUAUGGCAGAGAGACAGCACAGUGCAGGUUCCUUUGUAUGAGUCUACCAUGGACCACAUCAUCUGCUGCCUGCUCAUCCUGGGAGCCACAGUGAUGAUCGGCCAUGCCUGCCCAAAGUACUGUGUAUGCCAGAAUCUGUCAGAGUCCCUGGGGACAUUGUGUCCCUCCAAAGGUCUUCUUUUCGUGCCUCCAGACAUAGACCGAGGCACUGUGGAGCUCCGUCUGGGAGGCAACUACAUCCUCCGCAUUACACAGCAGGACUUUGCCAAUAUGACCGACCUGGUGGACCUGACCCUCUCCAGGAACACCAUCAGCUACAUUCAGCCCUUCUCCUUUGGUGAUUUGGAAACACUGCGCUCGCUUCAUCUGGACAACAACCGCUUGACGGAGCUAGGCCCUGAUGACUUGCGAGGCUUGGUCAACCUGCAGCACCUCAUCGUGAACAACAACCAGCUGGGAAGCAUCAAUGACAAGGCCUUUGAGGACCUGGCACCUGCCUUGGAGGAUCUAGAUCUCUCGUACAACAACCUGAUGUCUCUACCCUGGAAUUCAGUCCGCCAGAUGAUAAACCUGCACCAGCUAAGUCUGGACCAUAAUCUGUUGGACUUUAUUCCAGAGGGCACCUUCACUGACCUGGAAAGGCUGGCAAGAUUGGACCUGACCUCGAAUCGCUUGCAGAAGCUACCCCCAGACCCUAUCUUUGCCCGUGCCCAGGACUCAAUGAUCCUGACCACACCCUAUGCUCCACAGCUGUCCCUAAGUCUAGGCGGGAACCCAUUGCACUGCAACUGUGAGUUACUGUGGCUGCGGAGGCUUGAGAGAGACGACGACCUGGAGACUUGUGCCUCCCCUCCUGCCCUAAAGGGUCGUUACUUUUGGAAUGUUAGGGAGGAGGAGUUCGUGUGUCAGCCACCUCUCAUUACCCAGCACACCCACAGAAUGCUGGUCUUGGAGGGCCAGACGGCUAGCCUACGGUGCGAAGCAACUGGAGACCCUUCUCCUACCAUCCACUGGAUUUCCCCUGAUGAUCGUCUGCUUGGCAACUCCUCCCGAACCGCAGUGUACAACAACGGAACCCUGAGCAUCACCAUCACGACCUCCAAGGACUACGGCACCUUCACCUGCAUUGCCGCUAAUGUAGCUGGGGAGUCCACCGCCUCCGUGGAGGUGUCCAUUGUCCAGCUCCCCCACCUCAGCAACGGCACCGGGCAGCCAGUCCUGCCAAAGUCACGCCUUUCAGAUAUCACAGGGACCACCAGGAUCAGCAAGGGGGCUCCCAAGAGCCAACCUGAGAGGACUGUUACUGUCUCCGAGGUGACAGCUGUUUCAGUGCUGGUCAAGUGGACAGUAAGCAAGUCAGCUCCCACGGUGAAAAUGUACCAGCUCCAAUACAACUGCUCUGAUGAUGAAGUUCUGAUCUACAGGAUGAUCCCGGCCUCCAGCAAAGCUUUCUUGGUGACAAAUCUGGUGUCGGGGACCCGCUAUGACCUGUGUGUGCUGGCCGCCUGGGAUGACACGGCCACCACGCUCACGGCCACCAACGUUGUGGGCUGCACCCAUUUCUUCACGCUGGAUGACUACCCUCAGUGCCAGUCUCUGCCCAGCCAGCUUCUGGGAGGCACCAUGAUCCUCGUGGUGGGGGGCAUCAUUGUGGCCACUCUGCUCGUGUUUAUUGUCAUCCUCAUGCUACGCUACAAAGCUGCAGAUACUGAACCCCCGGUUGGGAAGCUGACCAGUGUCAGUGAUACACACUGUCAGACCAACGGGGGUCGACUCGGGCAAAAUGGACUUCUUAUGCUCCAGUCUCAGCCUCAGCCUGAGCCAAACGUCAAAGCCAAAGUGACUCUGCAGGAUGAGGUGGUGGAGUUCAAGUGUGGCUCCCUCCAGAGUAGUCUUACCUCUUCUUCUUCUUCUUCAGGCUCCAUGGCCGGGGACUCUUACAGCCCCAACAGCACACUUGCCAACAUUUGGAGUUCAGCUCCAUCCAAGCCCCGGUCCAACCUGGACCACCUCCUCGGGGCUUUCACCUCGCUGGAUCUGCGGGGGACCCAGGGCCGCGACCCGGGAGCUUCCAGUAGCACUGGGAUGGUGACAGCAAAACUCCACACAGACAGGGAGCCACUGCUAGGCCGGACGCUGGACUCCAGCCUCAGCCGGCUCCUCAUGCUACCUCUGGACUCCAAGCCGAAAAGGAGCCAGUCCUUUGACAUGGGAGAUGUAACAGGCACCGGGGCCGCUCAGCUGUGCAACAAACCACGCAGGAUUAGUAGUAUCUGGACUAAGAGGAGCAUGUCUGUAAAUGGCAUGCUGCUGCAGUGUGAGGAGGAGGGGGAUACAGGAGGGAGCAAGGGGACAAUAGACAGUGCAGACUGGGUAAUGGAGAGUACUGUCUAGGAAAGAUGGAGGGCUGUCACGCUGUUAAACCCUGCCCAAAUGGACAGCCAACAGCCAUGCCAAGACAGACCUGCUGGUCUAAGAGCCUUUGUCCUGCAUGAAGCACACUCAUUCCCAUCCCUUCCACUCCACUGCUCUGACUCAAGUGAGGCAGGACAAGUGGUUUUCAAAGUUAUAGCCAAAUACAGACUUUAGGAAUAAUACCUGUGGAUUGUAUUGUCUCACACUUUGUACAGAGAUGGAUUGAAAUGGCUGAUCAGCCACCAAGAUCAGAAUGGAAAUGACAGCAGUUACAGAAAUAUGUGACCAUGCCCAUGGACUGUGAUUAUCCUGUAUAAAUUCGUACAAAUAAGUAUGUAAUGAAUUUAAAGUUUUAUAUUUUUUAUUUUGCUGGUCAAACACAAAUGACUCAUUACUGGUCUCUGUCUUGCCACAAGAGCAAGACCUGGCCAGUGGUUACACUAUAAAACCUUCUACUGUAAAUUCAUCCUCAGUUACCUACUGAUGCAGUUUAACCUUCUCUGACUGAAUGGUGCAGUAUUUAUAGGUAGAUGUGAUACUUUGACUCAUUAGAUUAGAUUUAUUGACAGAGUUGUAUGUAAAUAUAUGUACUUUCUAUACAGAGUAUAUAUUUGAGGGGUCACUCAAUAAUUCUGUAUGCUAAGCAAAUCAAAUUUUAUGUGACUGCAUAGAUUAUAAAACCCAUCAUCUCUUAAACUAUGGUUGUACUGUAUGUAAAGACUAAAAUGCCAAAUUAUUGAGGAGGAAACUGGUGCAGUUCCAAGGCAAGUAGGCCUGGUUAGUUAGUUAGUGUACAUUGUACAUUUGUUAGGUCCAGUUUUUUCAGAGUUAUUGUCAUUUCAAAGUCAUUUUUGAAAGAUGCACUUUCUGUUUUGUUUCAAAACAGGAUAACAACCCAAAUCCAAACACUUUCUCCCAGCUCUCUGAAUUGCCACAUUCAAGGCAAUAUUGGAUACUAUGGCAAAAUCAGGAUGAUUCUGGUUUAUUACAAUUUGAGUCUUAUUUCUUUAUAUCUGUACUAAUAACACUGUAUUCACCAAAGUCAUUGUUCUUGAUCUGGCCACAUCACCAUAAGAAAGCCAAACAGGCGUCCUGGAAUUUCAUCAUUUUAGGGGCUCGGCCACUCGACCUUUGGUGUUGUAGUAGUUUGGGGGCACCACGUCCAAAUGCCAGUGCCGGAAGGCUGUCAAAAUAAAAAAGACAAUCAUUUUCACAGAAAUUAUGGAUCUUAUUUUAAGGAUUAAGGAUGAUUUUAGUUUUCUAAUGUGUUAAUGCCAGUCAGUAAUCACAACCAUUCAUCAUGGACGCUCACUUGGGUUCUCUGACAGGUCAGUCUAUAUAAUGACAUCACACUAAAAGUGUGUGACAUUCAUGUUAUUGUAUUAAUUUGAAUGGCCAGGAUAACUUAUACGAUAGUUAUUAACACCAAUAAAUGUUGAGAACGUUUCACACCUCGGCACACAGCGAAUUUAAACACCAAAUGUCAAAUACAUGUAUGUCAAAGUAGCCACAGCAGCUACGCAGUCAACAACAGGAACUAAUGCAUGAGGACUGCAGGAGAAGAGGAGGGAGAGACAGCGCCUGGACGACAGAGAGACCUGACCGGAUCCAGACAUUACUUACAUUAUCGACACAUCUCUCUCGCUCUUGUUUGGGCAGCUUAAACUUAAACUAUCUUCAUAAAUAGUCUGGUUUUCCAGCGGUUCAUACCAGGCUCUAAGUUGACAGCCCACUGGUUAUAUGCGCAGUGUUUCACUUGAAGUUGCCCAGUAAGAAUUCAGAAUCUCAACAAACGACACUAGCAUUUAAAAACAGGCAGAGGAGAGAGCCAAUGUGAUAUCAUGGAAUGGCAAAUAAAUAGCAUGCCACCACAAGGACAUUUCAGCGUGCCAUGUCAACGCAUUUUAAAGUUUUCGUUUGUCAUUUCACGUUGUUCAGUCCCUAUAGACUUAAGCAACACAAAGGAGGUUGACCCUAGCUGUGCAGCUGUAGGGUUAAAGCCUAGUUCACACUACAUAAUUUUUAGCCCGAUUUGUCACUCAGUGACCGUAAG